UUCCACUCCUGGAAUUUCCAGUAUUCUCCGCUUCCUUUGGAUUUUGGACUUUGUUUUGUCUGUUUCUGGAUUUGUUCAUGUGGAUUUGACCUUUGUUGUGCUAUAUCUGCAUUCGUGGCCCUUUGAUGAUACUAAUCCUGCUCAAAAAUGUAAAAGAAUACCAGCGAAACAUUUUAAAGUUACAUUCUUAGGUACUAUUGAAGUACUGUGAAUACUUAAAUGGACGACCCUCGUCCCGCCCUCAGGGGGCAUCUGUAAUCACACCACCAGGGUUUUAACCAUAACUAGAGCCGCUGGUUCAGGCGUAGACGUGCUACGGGACACUUCUGUCGAGGUUGGAGCCUAAAUCCCAGGACAAACUAACGUGUCAGUCCUCUCUGUUUCCACUGACGAGUGCUCAGAGUGUGGACGUCCCUGUAAGUUGAUGCUUAGGACAUGAUGCGUUUCUGGUCCCUGCUGCUGCUGGUUCACUUCUCUCUGGCUCAGUCUGGUCUGGACUCAGAGUACACAGACACAGGGAUGGCUCCACAGUGGGUACAGCCAGAAAUGAAGAAGCUCUAUGCUGCGUUUGUCUCCAACAUGAUAAAAAUGCAAUGCAAAGCAACAGGACACCCGGUUCCCGCAAUACAAUGGUACAAGAACGGGAAACUGUUCAGGAGGGAUCACAGAAUCGGAGGCUUUCAGAUCAGAGAACACACGGGGACUCUAAUAAUGACGUCAUUGGUUCCCUCAGAUAAAGGGAACUACACCUGUUUGGUGGAGAAUAAAUAUGGGCGCCUCCAACACACCUACCAGCUGAAUGUACUUGAGCGUCCUAGCAGGCCCAUCCUGCAGCAAGGGCUGCCGGCCAACCAGACGGCAGCUGUUGGCAGCGACGUGGAGUUUGUGUGCCGCGUUUUCAGCGACAUACAACCUCACAUGCAGUGGCUCAAACACAUCAUCAUCAACGGCAGCAGUGUGGGACCGAACGGGCUGCCCUAUGUUCGUGUUCUUAAAGUACGUACCAACACCACCAAAUUCAGCUUUAGACCAGUUUUAGUAAUUUUCUUUUGUUAGCUUUAUUUUGCUGUGUGACACUCUUUACAUCUAUAAUGAAGGAGGAUAAAUCUGAUCUUUGUCAGAGCCCUUAGAAUAUGUUUCGUGAAAUAAGCAGAUCUUGGCUUAAUUGGCUAAGUGAUGAGGGUGAAUUUGGUAGUACACACCUCUCCAAUUAGAAGGAAUACACUUUGUAUCCCGGUGGUUUUCCCAGUGCUGGGAAUGAGAGGUAUAUUGCGUGUGCAUGUCAUAAUAAAGCUGCUGUGGCAGAAUAUACAUCAGAAGUCCCCAAAAUUUGCAAUUUGUCUUGAAAUCUUUGUUUUUCCUACAUGAAUAGAUGAUCCCAGUAGUCUUGGCUCGAGACAGGUGAAAACCCCCCCACAACACUUCUGUCCUGCAGUAAUACCAACUGUCCACUAUUAGCUGGCAUGAUGGAGUAACGAGUCAGUCAUGUGACCAAAAACUAUCAAUCAGAUGUGCAAAUAUCUGUGCAGUUAUGAACAAAAAAAAAUAAACAAACAUAAAACCAAA